AUGACUACGAGAUUUCGAGUUGAGUAUGCACUUAAAACCCAUCGACGAGAUCAAUUCAUAGAAUGGAUCAAAGGUUUAUUAGCUGUACCGUUUGUUCUACAUUCACAGCCAACUGGUGUAUUCGAAUCCAGAAAUGGAACCAUUGGUGAAAUGGCUGAGAUUGCCCACCGCCGUUAUGCGGAAAUCAUGCAAGACGUUGAAGAUAUGAUUGAUGAUCACAUCGCCCAUCAAAAAGUUGGCUUAGGAGGUCAAUCCAAGUUAAAACUCCUGGUUCCCAGUAUUGGUACAUUUUUCACUCGACUACCACUGGCGGACGCUUUUAGAUAUCAGGACAGAAAACGCUUUAUCUCGUCGAGACGAUUUGUUCCACCUUCUUUCAACGAUAUCAGGCUUAUUUUAAACACUGCGCAGCUCAUGGGUGUCACUUCUGCGGGAUCGGUGGAUCUGGCAACUUUUGAUGGUGAUGUUACAUUAUAUGAUGACGGUAAAAGUCUUGAACCUACCAACCCUGUUAUUGAGCGAAUAAUUAAUCUUAUGAGCCACAAUACCAAGAUUGGAAUUGUAACUGCAGCUGGAUAUACUGAGGCUGAAAAGUACUACGGAAGACUUCAUGGACUGUUGGAAGCAAUCAAAGCUUCCACCAUUCUUACACCAGAGCAAAAGCAGAAUCUUAUCGUAAUGGGCGGCGAAUCCAACUUCCUCUUCACCUAUGACGCCAGCUCCCCAUACCUUUUGACCCAUCACCCCCGUCGCUCAUGGAUUCUACCCAGUAUGUCCACUUGGACUCAACCGAGUAUAACUGCUCUUCUCGACCUUGCGGAGUUCUCCCUUCGCGAGUGUGUUACCAAUCUUGAUUUGCCUGCUACUAUUCUUCGAAAAGAACGAGCUGUGGGCAUUGUUCCUCGAGAACCGGGCUAUAAAUUUGCACGGGAGUCACUCGAAGAAACUGUAUUAGUUGUACAAAAGAAGCUCGAGAUGUCGGACGUCGGUCGUUCUUUACCUUUUUGUGCUUUCAAUGGGGGAAAUGACGUUUUUGUGGAUAUUGGCGAUAAGAGCUGGGGAGUGUUGGUCUGUCAGAAAUUCUUUGGUGGAAAUGUCGAGGAUGAAAGUCAAUGGAUCAAAAAGGACAAGACUUUACAUGUUGGAGACCAAUUUUUGAGUGCCGGAAGCAAUGAUUUCAAGGCGAGAGUUGUUGGUACUACAGCUUGGAUUGCGAGUCCCAGGGAGACGGUGGAAUUGCUGGACGAACUAGGAGGACUGAUUCAGAAGAAUUAG